CCGGAAAAUUGUCCAUACACACGUAUACACGCACAAGAGGGCAGGUGUGAAGGCCGGUUCGGAUGGUAAACGGAGUUACUCCGCUAGCCCGGUUCUAAACACUGUGAGAAACCACCUUUUCCCGGAGCGACCGCUAAAGAAUGGCCGACACGGGUUGUGUUCACUUCGAGGCGUACGUGAAGGAGUACGGGAUCGAUUCGUUCAGCGUGGUGCACGCAUACUUUAGUGCGUGCAUCAAUCGGGAGGCCCGGCGCCGCAAGGCUCUUUCCUGUCUUUGUCAUAAGUGCGGCAGUUCCGGCCCCCAGCUGUACUCCUGUCUGCACUGCAUCUACUUUGGCUGCAAGGGCGCCCACAUCAACGAGCACCACAAGCAGACGAAGCACUAUAUGGCGCUCGAGCUGUGCUACGGUAUGCUGUACUGCUACCAGUGCCGUGAUUUUAUCUACCACCGCGAGUGCCAGCUCAUCGCCGAACGGCACCUGCGGCGCGAAGCCCGCAGUCUCAACAAAAGCCUCUCCUGGCGACCGUGGAGCCCGUCGCAGCUGGAGAUCGAGCUGCUGGUGAAGAACCCAAAGCGGCGCCACGUGACUGCCUUCACCAGUAUCGGGCUGCGCGGAUUGCUGAACCUCGGUUCGACCUGCUUCAUGAACUGCAUCGUGCAGGCUCUCAUCCACACGCCCCUGCUGCGUGACUACUUUCUGUCCGAGCUGCACGAAUGCACAACGAAGAACGCGACCAAGUGUCUUGUGUGCGAGGUGUCGCGGCUCUUCCAGGAGUUUUACUCCGGUGCGCGGGGUCCCCUGUCGCUGCACCGGCUGCUGCAUCUGAUCUGGAACCAUGCGCGCCACCUGGCUGGUUACGAGCAGCAGGAUGCGCACGAGUUUUUCAUCGCCACGCUUGACGUUUUGCACCGGCACUGCAAGAUCUCGAUGACGGAGCUAGCUGCCAACGCGGUAGCGGCGACGAGUGGAUCUUCGACAGCGGCAGCCGGUAGCAGUGGGCCAAGUGCCGCACAGCCGGAUCCGAACCCGGCGCAGUGUAGCUGCAUUAUCGAUCAAAUCUUCACCGGCGGGCUGCAGAGUGAUGUCGUGUGUCAAGCGUGUAACGGCGUCUCGACGACGAUCGACCCAUUCUGGGACAUUUCCCUCGAUCUGGGUGAAUCGAGCACUGGCGGAGGCUACGGUGGUCCACCGAAAUCGCUGAUCGACUGUCUGGAGAGGUUCACGCGCGCCGAACACCUGGGCUCGAGCGCCAAGAUCAAGUGUAGCUCCUGCAUGAGCUACCAGGAGUCGACGAAGCAGCUAUCGAUGCGAACGCUUCCGAUCGUCGCCAGCUUUCACUUGAAACGCUUCGAACACUCUAGCCUGAUCGACAAGAAAAUCUCUACCUUCAUCUCAUUCCCGUCGGAGCUGGACAUGACCCCUUUCAUGUCGCAAAAGAAAACCGACCAGGCCGAUUUCCGGUACUCGCUGUACGCCGUCAUCAAUCACGUCGGCACGCUCGAUGCCGGCCACUAUACGGCGUACGUUCGGCACCAGAAGGACAUUUGGGUAAAGUGUGACGAUCAUAUCAUUACGACGGCCACCUUGAAGCAGGUUCUCGACAGUGAAGGGUAUCUUCUGUUUUACCACAAAAAGAUUCUGGAAUACGAGUAAUGCGGAGCACGAUGAGACGUCGGUUGGGGCCAUUUCAUUCCUCGGCGACCGAUACAGGCGAAACUGAUGGCAGGCUGAGGAGGACUAUUUUCACGAAGACUGUAAAACUCUAAGUCUAAGCUGGUAGUGAGAGGCAGGCGAAGGAUCGGACGAUCAUGAUUCAGUGCACACACAAACACACACACGUUCACCAAACAAUCGGACAGACGCCGAAUUCCUCCCGAACACCUGACGCAUUCUUCGUCCAUUUAUUUAUUGAAAGUGGUGCCGAGUUCCUUUCGCUACUACCUCUCGCAUCGCGUCGACUCAUUUUUCAUGUCUUAUCGGAGUACAGUAGAAUACACGGAAAAAGGC